UGACCAGCGUGGGCACAUUUCAUUAAAAAAACGUUUUUUAACCGAAAAGUAAACUCUUUUUAUUUUUACAGAUACUGAGAAUUACUAGUAGAAUUCUAUUUUUUCUAGGGCUUGGGAGUAAUCUGAGAAAUGAGCACAAAACGGCCAUCACCUGAUCCUGUUGCUGUAUUGAGAGGUCAUCGAGCUUCGGUCACUGAUGUUUGUUUUCAUCCUUCUAAACCGAUACUCUUCACUGGUGCUGGUGAUGGUGAGUUGAGGAUUUGGGAUACAGUUCAACACAGGACACUAUCAUCUUCAUGGGUGCAUAAUGCCGCUCAUGGGAUUAUUGCUGUUGCUGCCAGUCCUUUGAUUGGAGAAAGUAAACUUGUCAGCCAGGGUAGGGAUGGAACAAUUAAGUAUUGGGAUAUUGAAGGUGGGAGAUUGCCCAGGGUGCCUACUGUUACAAUUAAAACGAACUCUUACCAUUUUUGCAAGCUUUCAUUGGUGAAAAAGCCUUCUGAUUGUCUGACACAAAAUGGAGAUGUCACUACUUCUACUGCGUUGGACAGUCAAUCGGAUAAUUCUAACACGGAGGUUAGGGAUACCAUGGAUGUAGAAACGACUGGAGCAAAUUCUAUAGAAGGUUCUGAAGAAAUAAAAUAUGUAGCUGUAGCGGGAGAGCAAUCUUCUGAGGUUGAGAUUUGGGAUCUCAACUCUACAGAAAGGGUAGCACGGUUACCUCAGAUUUCAAAUGGAAGCUCCUUGAAUCCUUCUACAAAAUCUAGAGGAAUGUGCAUGUCUGUUCAAGCAUUUUUACCGCCUAAGUCGCAGGGAUUCCUCAAUGUUUUGGCUGGAUAUGAAGAUGGAACCAUGGCUUGGUGGGAUAUAAGGAAUCCAGGAGUUCCAUUAACUGUUGCAAAAUUCCAUUCUGAACCAGUUCUAAGCAUCGCAAUUGAUGGGUCAUGCACUGGGGGAAUUUCUGGAGCAGCAGAUAGCAAAAUUGUGCUAUUCACUUUGGAUCAUCAGAUGGGCUCUUGUUUGGUUAAGAAAGAGAUUAGUCUAGAGCGACAUGGUAUUACGGGAACCACCAUUAGAGCUGAUGGGAAAAUUGCUGCCACUGCUGGAUGGGAUCACAGAAUAAGGGUGUACAAUUAUCGCAAAGGAAAUGCUUUGGCCAUAUUGAAGUAUCACAGUGCUAUGUGUAAUGCAGCCUCAUUCUCAACAGACUGUAAAUUGAUGGCUUCUUCUUCAGAAGAUACCACAGUGGCACUGUGGGAGCUCUACCCUCCUCGAACCUCAUCUGAAGCAAACAAAUAAAUGUCCUCGGUGACAAAUGGGAUGGUGCACAAAUCUCUUUUUCCUGUAUAACAGUAACAUCUACGUCACAUAUCUCAUUGUUUGAUCACUCACUUUGUGAAUAUAAUCAUAGAAACAUUACAACAGUAGAGUAGGUCAUAAUGAAGGAUACCCUGUUUGUGAUUUUAGUAUUCAAGCAGGAAAAAUAGGUUAGAAAAAAUAGAUGUAAAAAUAUGUCAGGGAGAGCUGUAUCUGUGACUUUUUCUGGUAACAAUAAGAUUUCUUAGUCCUUUGCUUUUCCA